AUAGGUGUUUGUUGAGCUCCAAGAUGGCAAUGACCCUCGUCACCAUGAAGCUCCUUAUCGAUUCCAGCCCGCCACGCCCGCGCGUGGUGUUCGCGGAGGCCCACAAAGACGCUGUCGACUUCCUCUUUUCCCUCCUCACCAUGCCAUCCGGCACGGCCGUGAAGCUACUGGGAAAGGAUUCCAUGGUUGGCUGCAUCGGCAACCUUUACACCAGCGUCGAGAAACUUGAUGAUCCCUAUAUCCAGCCCGGCGCUGUCAAGGACGCCAUGCUAAGUCCUACCGUGCUGUCCCCUGCAGCGAAGUCCAACAGAUCUUUCUUCCGCUUGCCGGAGCCAUCCCCGGCCAUGAAAAGAUUCUUCAGAUGCAGCGGCUAUACCUACUCCAGCUGCCGCAACUACGUUACGGAAGAGAGAGGUGCUCGGUGCCCGAUGUGUGGAAACCAGAUGUUGGCGGAUUCCCAGUAUGUGCCAUCUGAGCCUGUGACCCAAGAAGCGAAAGGGUUAGUGCAGGGUGGCAUGGUGACAUACACGGUGACAGAUGACCUAAAGAUAUUUCCCAUGUCAAACAUCUCCAGCAUUGCGCUGCUCAACACCGUCGCGGUGAGGGACCUAGGUGCGCUCCAAGAGAGGACUGUGCAGAUCGGGUACAAGGAGGGUGUGGAGAUUCUCAAGACCUCGCUAGUCCAAAACUGUCCUAACUGAUGUUUUCCUUGGCAAGAAGACUUAACUUCGUUGAACAACGGCUGAUGAUUUGAAUCCCUCAGAUAGCGUGCUUGAGCUAGCCUUGAAUCGUAUGGACGUGUACGUAGCUUGGCCUAUGUUGCUAGCUAGCUUCAAUAAUCAGGUUGUUAUGUCCUUUCUUCGUGCUUGUACUACUAUUGUUACUAUAUAUGCAUGUUUCUAGUACUAUUAGCUGGCAAGUAGAUCUCGCUUGCUGGUUUGUGAUCUGCA